CGGCCCCGUUGCGCGAUCCGCUCCCCCUGCGCUCAGUCCGCCCCUUUCCAGCCAUGGAGGCGGAAGCGGCGCACGGCGCGGCUCUCUUGCGCGGCCUGGCUGCGCUGCGCUCCGAGCGGGCUUUGCUGGACGUGACCCUCCUGGCCGGCACGGGCGAGGAAUUCGGGGCUCACCGGGCGGUGCUGGCGGCGGCUUCGGGUUACUUCCGCGCCAUGUUCGGCGGCGGCUUGCGGGAAGCUCGAGCCUCCCGGGUGAAGCUGCACGGCGUGGAGCCCGAUUGCUUGGCGCUCCUGCUGGACUUCGCCUACAGCGGCCGCCUGGGCGCCUUGAGCGGCGGCGAGGAGCCCCAGUUGGCCGAGCGGCUCCUGCGGGCGGCCGACCUGCUGCAGUUCCCGGCCGUCAAAGCCGCCUGCGGCGCGUGGCUGGCCGCCCGCCUGGAGCCCGCCGCCGCCCUGGACAUGCAAGACUUCGGCGAGACCUUCGCCUGCGCCCCGCUGGCCGAAGCCGCCCGCAGGUGCGUCCUGCGCCACGCCGCCGACCCCGACGGGGAGCUGGGCGCCCAGCUGGAGAGCGUCCCCUUGGCCAGGUUGGUCUCCUACCUGCGCGAGGACGCGCUGCGCGUCCCCAAGGAAGAGGCGGCCUUCGCCCUGGCUUUGCGCUGGGUGCGCGCCGACCCGGGAUCGCGCGCGGGAUCGCUGCCCCAGCUGCUGGCCCACGUGCGGCUCCCUUUCGUCCGGCGCUUCGCCCUGCUGGCCCAAGUGGAAGGCGAGCCGCUGGUGGCCCGAUCCUCGGCUUGCUUGCGCCUGGUGGCCGAAGCCCGGCUCUUCCAAGCCGGCCGCUUGGAUCGCCACGAGAGAGCGCCCUGCGCCCGGCUGCGCCCUCGCCCUUCCACCGGCUUGGCCGAGCUGCUGGUGGUGCUGGGCGGAUGCGACCGGGAUUGCGACGAGCUGGUGAUCGUGGAUGGCUUCAACCCGCGCACGGGACAGUGGCGCUACCUGGCCGAGUUCCCCGAGCACCUGGGAGGAGGGUACAGCGCUGUUGCCCUGGGCAACGAUGUCUACGUCACCGGCGGCUCCGAUGGCUCGCGGCUCUACGACUCCGUCUGGCGCUACAACUCCAGCGUGAACGAGUGGACGGAGGUCUCCCCCAUGCUGAAAGCCCGCGAGUACCACAGCUCAGCCGUCUUGGACGGCCUGCUCUACAUAGUGGCGGCCGACAGCACCGAGCGUUACGACCACACACUGGACAGCUGGGAGGUUUUGCAGCCCAUGCUCUACCCGAUGGACGACUGCUCCACCAUCACCUACCGCGGGAAGCUCUACGCCACCGGCUCUCUGGCCGGCAAGGAGUCCAUGGUCAUGCAGUGCUACGACCCCGAGUCGGACCUCUGGUCUCUGGUGAACUGUGGGCCUCUGCCCCCUUGGUCCUUCGCACCCAAGGCCGUCACUCUUGGCGGGCUCAUGUACUUCGUCAGAGAUGACUCCGCUGAAGUUGAUGUCUACAACCCCGCCAAGAAUCAAUGGGACAAAAUCCCUCCAAUGCUCCAGGUGCACGUCGGCGGAAGUUUGGCUGUUCUUGGCGGUAAACUUUACGUCUCCGGGGGUUACGACAAUACUUUUGAACUCUCCAGCAUGGUAGAAUCGUACGAUCCCGAGACCCGGAAGUGGAGUGUGGCCGGCCAAUUGCCGGAGCCCAUUUUUUGGCACAACAGUGUCAGCAUCUUCCGUCAGUUCAUGCCGACGGCCGAGGAGGAGGAGGAGGAGGGGAAGCGGGCGCUGGAAGACCCCUUCGCCCCCAACCCUCCGCGACAAGACUUGCAGGAGCUGCGUUAAGGGGUCGAGAGGUUGUCGGCUGUUGUGGUUUGUUGGUGGUCCCUUGGUACCUCUCGGGGGUUGGGAGGUGGCGGAGGUUGUCCAAGUUGGUUGGCACGCUCGGUCCUGUCCUGCAGCUCCAGGAACGGGGUGGCAUUGCAGGGCGUUGCCCAAACGAUUAAUUGAGGACAGAGGUUUUGGGGUUCAGAAAUGGGGGUGAAUAGGGGGAAGGUCUCCCGUGCCAGGGGAGGGUCAGAAAUGCAGCCUGGGGUGCAAAUGAGAAUGUGUCCAUUCCCCUUUUUUGAGCCUGGACAUAAUUCAGAAUUCAUAGGUCAAGUUUUUCUGUACUGGUCAAAAAAAAAUGAUCCUCCUUUCCCUCCCCCCCCCACCGGGUUGGGAUAUAUGACCUCAAGGGGACCCUUCUCAGGUUCUGCUUCCCCCUCCUUCCAGUUUCUCGCAAUCUGGAUGGUCCCAGAGAGAAGACUCUGGAUGGGGAGAUUGGUCCGCUGUGGGUUAGCUGAGUGAGGGUUUUUUCCAUCUGGGGUUGAGAUGGAUGACCUCAAGGGGCCCCUUCCCGGAUUCUGCUGCUCUGUCAUCACCCAGUCAAGUUGAUGAGAACUUCUGUCUUUAUUCCUUGGUAUUGGCUGGAGUUGGGCGGGGGGGGGGGGGAGAUGGAUCGUGUUGGCUGUUCCGCACUGAGCAAGGGGUUGGGCUGGAUGUCCUCUAUGGCCCCCUCACCUUUACAUUUCUGUCAUUCUGUGUCUGGAGAGAGAGAGGCCUUUUUUUUUCCUGGAAGAAAUUGCACAUCAAGCCUAUGUGCCUUGGAAGCGAAACGAAAGCCUCGUGUUAACGCCUGGGUAAUAAACCAUGAAUGAUGGUUAUAUGGCGCACCAGCUGAAAUUGAGCUGCUGUGCGGGAUGUGUGAACGGAACCCCACUUUGGGUGUGCCUUAGAUUUAGGGGGAGCCUUGAUUUCUGCCAUAUGUGACCUGAUUGCAUUUUGAGAGUGGAUGUUUGCAAAAUUAAAAACAAUAAACAUGGAUUGUGGAUCCCCUGCGGAGCAAGGGGACAGCCCCAGCAUCUUCCCUUCUUCCAGGUGGAUAAUCCUGGUUAAUUUCAUUUACGGUUUCGUUUGCACCUGGCUCUCUCUGCUCAGCCAGACAACAGUCCUUUCAUUAAACCAACUUCCGCUUUAGCAAAAUGGCAACUAAGCCAUCGUAGUGCCACUCAAAAAAUUAUUUAUUUUGGCUUAUUUUUUUUCCCCCGUACUCUUCAAUUUUGGCAGGAAAAAGACACCUUAAAUUUUACCAAAUGAAGGGAUUCUUUAAGUUGCUUUUUUAAAAAACAAAACAAAAAAAAAACAAGGCUGAAUUGGCGCCCUUCCUCUGCCAUUCAUCCAUCAAGAGGACUAGUGUCUUGGGAAAAAAUAAUAGACUAUUAAUAACCCUUUUGCAAUUUUUUUUAAGCAGACUAUUCCCCAUGGCCUGUAAUCUCUACGAUGGAGAAAAAGAUAUUUUUAUAGACUUUUAAUUUCUACGCGCUGGCCUAGAAUGGAUGCAGCGUGGCUCUAGAACGGAGGUAAAACAGAGAGAUCGAAGCAGCAACGCAGGAAAAAAGAAUUAUUUUCUUCUUAACGUUGCUGCUUCGUUCUCCGUUUUACCCACUGCAAUUUCAAGUCCCCCAUAGUCCUCGACUUACAAUAGUUCGCUUAGUGACCAUUCAAAUUUACGACGGCACUCAAAAAAUGCAACUGAUGACCGUUUUCUUACGACCACCAUAUUCCCCCGCGGUCCUUUGACCCCCUGUGGUCAAAAGUUCAGACGCUCGGCAACCGACUCAUAUUUACGACGGUUGCAGUAUCCGCGAUCCCUUUUACGACCUUCCGACAAGCGAAGGCAAUGGAGAAGCCAGAUUCCCUUCAAGGUUGUGUCAUUAGCUUAACGGCGGCCGUUAGAUUCGCUUAACAACUGCAGCAGGGAAGGUCCUAAAAGGGGGCAAAAUUCACUUCACAAAAAUUUUCGCUUCGCAGAAAACAUUGGGCUCCAUCGCGGUCAUAAGUCGAGGACUGCCCUGUAUUUAAAGGCGGGCUUGCUUUCCACGCGGUCAUGGAUGUUUACGCGGUUCUGCUUUUCAUACCUUCCAAUGUAUGAGAAUAUAAUAUUUUGGGGGGGCUGUUUCAAGACAGGGAGUAUUUGCAACCUCUGUUCCGAGUUGGACGUCCGGGCGAACUUUUUGUAUUUAUUGAAUGUUUUUUACAUGUAGUCCUUUGCACUCGGCCUAACGUACUGUAGAUUUCUUUUUCCUCCGAAGCAAAAAAUAUUCUGGUUUUGGUAAACUUGAAACGUGCCAAAUAAAAGACGUGUGUUCACAUUG